CGACAUUGUCGAUUACAAUUGUAGGAACAGCAGACGACUAUAAAAUGCCCUGCGGUUCUUAGUCACAAAUCAGUUCACGAUAGGAAAUCAUCCAGCACUUGAAGAAUGAGACUGCUUUUACUAGCGACUCUGUUCGUUUGCGGAGUAGUGCCGUUCGCAUCGGCAGGCCGUUUUGUUUGUUACUUCCCAAACUGGGCCAUUCAACGUCAAGAACCCUGGCAGUUUGGAGUGGAGAAUGUCGACACUAAAUUGUGCACUCACCUCGUCUACGCCUUCGCCGAUCUCGACGAUUCCACACUGCAGAUCACACCCAACAAUCCGGCGGUGGAUAUCGAUCAGGAAUUCUACCACAAAUUCACCGGAUUGAAAAGCCAAAAUCCAAAGCUCAAGACCAUGUUAAGCAUCGGCGGAUGGGUGGAUUCAAACAUCAACGACAAAUAUUCGCGGAUGGUGUCCACCAGUGAAAACAUCCAGACGUUCGUCGACUCAGUUCUCCGGAUGCUGAGCGACUACGGAUUCGACGGGCUGGAUGUCGACUGGGAGUACCCGAGGACGGAUGCCGAUAAAAUCGGGUUCAGCAACCUUCUGGCUGCUUUGAAAAAAGCUUUCGCUCCUUACAAUUAUGUCCUCAGCGCUGCCGUUUCGCCUCUUCCGGCUGAUCUCGGUUUUGACAUCCCAGCCAUCGAAGUCUCAGUCGAUUUCAUCAAUUUGAUGACUUACGACUUGCACGGACCGUGGGAACCGGAGACGGCGGAUCACCACGCUCCGCUGCGGAAGCGAUCCUGGGAAACGGCCGACAACAACGUCGAGUACAGCGUCGAUUACUGGAUCAAAAACGGACUCUCCGCCAAUAAAAUCAACCUUGGCCUGCCCCUUUACGGACACAGCUGGAAACUGUCGUCCGAUGUCGCCGUUCCACCCGCUCCGGCGUCCGGCGCUGGAACUCCCGGACCCUUUACCAACGUCGAGGGUUACAUGGGCUAUUUCGAAAUUUGUCUGGCCGUCCAAAACGAAGGUUGGCAGGUUGUUCAAGACCCCGACCAGCUCACCGGACCCUACGCUCUGUCAAACACCAAUGUCGUCAACUGGAUUGGUUUUGACGACGUUGCCAUGUUGACCACCAAGAGCAAUUUCAUCCUUUCCAGGGGACUGGGCGGGGCCAUGGUGUGGGAAAUCAGUUUGGACGAUUUCCGAGGCUCCUGCGGCGCCGGAGUCAAUCCGUUGCUCACGACCAUUUCGCGCAUUGUGGUGGCGUAAUGAAAUUAAAUUCUUACAUCCAUU